AUGAUUGGAGAGGGCCGAGAAGAAGCCGCCAGGCUCUAUGUACCGCCUCUGCUCGAAGAUGAGGCCCGUCUCGCCGAUCCCGACGCUUCCGAAGACCUGCCGCCGCCCGAUGUCGAGGCAGGCAGCGCACUUCCUGUCUGGCUACAGGAGUCAUCCAAGUCUUUCCGCUGGGGAUGGGUGCCCCUCCCGCUGAGGAAAAUCGGCCGCGCGACCGCAAAUUGGGUCAAAGGCCCCGAUCCGUCGCAUAUGCUCCUCUUGAAACCACUGUUCCCGCGACUCCAGGAACUCCCCGUCCAGUAUCUGGAUCGCUUUUUCCCCAAACGCAAGCACAAGAUCUCCCUCCUUAUGCUCCUGUAUCUCUCGUGGUUUUUACCAUGGUUUAUUGUAUUGCUGCACGCACGCUCUUCCGGAUACAUCGAAGGAUACGGUCAGCCGCAGACUCUCUCAUGCUCGUCGAAUUUCUGGGAAUUCGGUAAUGGAUGUGGUAUCAACGGGAACGACUGCCGUCCAUUUUCCUCGUCGACCGUCGCCUUCCGGUGCCCUGCGAAUUGCGGUGAUACCAAAUUGCUGGAACCCCAUGUAGUGGGAAAUCAAACGUAUAACUAUCAAGGGCUAGUCAUUGGCGGUCCAGAACCAGACUCGUCGGACCCGGCGUUUUAUCGUGCCGACAGCUUUGUCUGCCAGGCGGCGAUUCAUUCUGGGGCUAUCUCCAACGCCGUCGGUGGCUGCGGUGUUGCGAAGCUGGAGGGUGCAGCGCACUCUUUCCCGUCCAUUAAACAGAACGGAAUUCUUUCAAAUGCUUUUCCAUCGACCUUCCCCAAAGCAUUCAGUUUCGUUCAGCUGUCCUCGUCGCAAGCUACCUGCCCGGCAGACCCGCGCUGGCCGCUUCUCGGGGUCACCGCUGCGGCCGUUGGAGCCCUUUGGCUCUUCUGUACUUCGCCUCCUGUGCUAUUCUUCAGCACCUUCUUCAUGGUCUUUUGUCACACGGGAUUGGUUGCGGAUCCGCCUUCGUACCCCUUCCUAACCGACCUUGUCUCCAGUCUUCUGUCUCGGUUGCUACCUGCAUCGUUCGUCAUGUACGUUCUGUACAAAUUUUGCGCUGCUCCGUUGUUGCAGCCCAUUACUUCGCCCAUCUACCAAUUCUCGAAGCUCUUCCUGUACCUGCCUCCGCUCUUCAUUGGUGCCUUGAACAACUACACCUUUGCGCGGUUGAUCCCCCUUCAACGCUUGACGCCCAUGGAUAUUCAACAACAACCGGGGGCAAAACUCGCAUUGGCUCUAGUAAUUCCAAUCGUGUUGAUGAUUAUUCUAAGCCAGGCAUGGCAGAUUCGUCAAGGAGGAUUGCUGCCUCGCUACCUGAAAAUUUACUGUACCAUGGGACUGAUCAUCCUGAUCCUCCUCCCGCUUCCUGGUCUUCGGCUUCGGAUUCACCACUAUAUCUUGGCAAUUUUGUUGAUGCCUGGAACUGCUUUCCCCACACGCCCUUCGUUGAUCUACCAGGGCUUGCUACUCGGUCUCUUUAUCAACGGCGUUGCCCGCUGGGGGUUUGCCUCGAUUAUCGAGACUCCUGCGGCCCUGGGAGAAUUAGCACCGAGUGGCGGAGAUCAGGGCUGGUGGGGAUCGACGUAUCCUAAUGUCACAAGCGAGUCCGUCAAGAUUGCUCUGCCCGAUAUCGGAUCGAACUUCACUUACCGGGGCAACGGGAAUAUUACCUUUGCUCUAUGGGAGCAUGAGCGGAUGGCAAAUCUCGCGGUGGACGGGAUUUCGGUCCUGCUCAACGAUGUGGAGCGCUGGCGGGGCUAUCUGGACGAAGACAAGCGAGGAGAAUUCACCUGGCACCGCUACGGCCAUGAUGGCCUGGAGCUGCAGCAGACUCCUCGUCUCGCAAGCCGAGAUGCUGACGAGCCUAGCUUCGAGACACAAUCCCUCCUACUGGCCGACGGUGACUCGGACGACGAGCCCGAGGAUCUCUUCUUCCGAUUCGCGUUCCUAAGGGGCGCUGAGGCUGGGCGGUACGGCCCUGCGGGAGUUUGGUUGAAUGAUGGGGAGUGGAUCUCUCCCACGCCGCCAAAGGCAUAG